CAAUAGUUGAACCACUAACCACCAAGAAAGAUACAAAAUUAAACGUUGGUUAUUUCACUGACAUAUAGACCUGGUUUGUUGGCCAUAUUAAGAGAUGAGAGAAAAGUAGUUGAUAAAACUUUAAGAAUUGAAUACAAAGAGAAAGAAGAGAGAGAGAUAGACAGAGGUUUAUAAAUGAGAAGUUGUUGAAGAGGGAGAUCAAGUAUUGAGAAAUGGAGGAUUAUAUUGUGAGAUGGGUUUUUACUGGUGUGAUUCUAUGGAUAACAUGCUUUCUAGUAAUCAAAAAAGUUUUUCAGGAUCGAUCGUUUGAGUUCUGCAACAGACUUGUGUCUACAAUCCAUGCUUGUCUUGCAGUUUGCUUGGCUUCUCUUUCUGUUCAAGAUUGGGCUUGCCCUGUUUGUCCUCUGGCCUCUCACUCUUCUCCUUUCCAGAUGAAAACAUUGGCAGUGAGUGUUUCAUAUCUGAUAUAUGAUUUGGUUUGCUCUGCUUUGGACAAGAAAGUGAACGUUGAUAAUUCAGUUCAUCACAUUGUGUGCAUAAUUGGCCUUGGUGCAGGCCUUGCAUAUGAAAGAUGUGGUUCAGAGAUGGUGGCUGCACUAUGGAUAACUGAGAUGUCAAGUCCUUUCCUCCAUGCAAGAGAGAUGCUUAAAGAGCUUGGCUACAGAGACACAGACCUCAAUUUAGCAGUUGAUAUUUUGUUUGCAGGGAUCUUUACAUUUGCAAGGAUGUUUGGGGGGCCAUAUCUCAUGUAUGUAACUUGCUCAGCUGAUAACCCACUGAUCAUCAAGGCAAUGGCAGUUGGGUUGCAGUUGGUGAGUGCAUUCUGGUUCUACAAGAUAGUCAGGAUGGUUAAUCAUAAGAUUGGAAGGAGGAUGAUGACACCCAGCAAACAUUCAUGAUUCAUGCACAAGAGAGAUACAAUCACAGCAAUUGUGCUGAUGAUAAAAUUGAACUAAAUUCUCAAUUAUGAAUUAAGACUAACACAUGUAACAUCAUUGAUGGGGUUGAUGAUUCUGUUAUGCCUGCUCAAUUUAGCAAGACUUAUGACUUAUA